UUGUGGCGGUCUUCUUUCCCUACUCGGAAGCUACCGCUGCCUCGGGACUCUCAAGAUGGCGACCUCUCUGGGUUCCAACACCUACAACAGGCAGAACUGGGAGGAUGCGGACUUCCCCAUCCUGUGCCAGACGUGUCUUGGAGAAAACCCUUAUAUCCGAAUGACCAAAGAAAAGUAUGGGAAAGAAUGUAAAAUCUGUGCCAGGCCAUUCACAGUGUUUCGCUGGUGCCCUGGGGUCCGAAUGCGCUUCAAGAAGACUGAAGUGUGCCAAACCUGCAGUAAAUUGAAGAAUGUUUGUCAGACCUGCCUUUUAGACCUGGAGUAUGGCCUGCCCAUCCAGGUUCGUGAUGCAGGAUUAUCUUUUAAAGAUGACAUGCCAAAGUCAGAUGUCAAUAAAGAAUACUACACGCAAAAUAUGGAGAGAGAAAUUUCUAACUCUGAUGGAACACGGCCAGUUGGCAUGCUGGGGAAAGCCACAUCCACCAGUGACAUGCUGCUUAAACUAGCCCGGACCACACCCUACUACAAAAGGAAUCGGCCCCACAUUUGCUCCUUCUGGGUGAAAGGAGAAUGUAAGAGAGGAGAGGAGUGUCCAUACAGACACGAGAAGCCUACAGAUCCUGAUGACCCCCUUGCAGAUCAGAAUAUUAAAGACCGGUAUUAUGGAAUCAAUGACCCUGUAGCAGAUAAGCUUCUAAAGCGGGCUUCAACCAUGCCUCGUCUGGACCCCCCAGAGGAUAAGACUAUCACCACACUAUAUGUUGGUGGUCUGGGCGAUACUAUUACUGAGACAGAUCUCAGGUUUGUGGGUAUAAUUUCAAGAGCUCUUUUUGCUUUCAGCUUGUUUUGCUUUGCAAAAACAAAGGCAAAGAAAGAGACAAUUUCAAAUACCUUUGUUGAUAUUUUCAAGGAAUCUGGAGAUGGGGAGUUCUUGAUAAAUAGGCUUAAAACUGUAAAAUCCCAAGCAGCCAGAGGAAAAGAAAAAGAGAAGGACGGUACUACAGAUUCUGGGAUCAAGCUAGAACCUGUACCAGGACUGCCAGGAGCUCUUCCUCCUCCUCCUGCAGCAGAGGAAGAAGCCUCAGCCAACUACUUCAACCUGCCCCCAAGUGGUCCUCCAGCAGUGGUGAACAUUGCCCUGCCACCACCCCCUGGAAUUGCCCCACCCCCACCGCCAGGUUUUGGGCCACACAUGUUCCACCCAAUGGGACCACCUCCUCCUUUCAUGAGGGCUCCAGGACCGAUCCACUAUCCUUCUCAGGACCCUCAGAGGAUGGGAGCUCAUGCUGGAAAGCACAGCAGCCCCUAGCACAGUAUCACCACUCAGGGCUCUGUGGAAGAAAGGGCGCUUUAAAAAUCCCAUAAAUGAAUCUGGAAUAAAAUAUAUUUCUUUCUUUGUAGUUUCCAUGGUAGCUAAAUGUGUUCAAUAUAGGCAGUUGGAGAAUAAUAGCCAUGCUUCCUAACAUAUUCAAAGGAUCAGUGGACUCAAAUAAGCUGCCAUGAACCGCUGGUUACUACUAUAAUAUUACUUAAGAAAACUAACGCCUGUUCCUCUUAACUGUAUGGGGAACAAGCAGAUGGGUGAGUUGAAUAUCCAACGGCUUUACCAUCCCAAUAUGUUCACUUUGUAUCUUUUUGGUGGGACGCAAAAAUUGACCUGUGGUUAAAAAAAACCUUUUGACCAUUUUUAUUGUCUAUUGGAAAUUUUUUAUCAUCUAAAAAAAUUAAUACUAAUCAUUGUAGUGGCAUAAGUGUGAUUUAACUCUUGAAGUCACACCCUCAGAGAUAAGCAGAAACCAGCACCCAACACAGCUCAGAUCUUUUCUUUCCUUUUCCUCCUUAAUUAUAAAGGCAUCUUGACAGUUUUACCUCUCUAUGCCACCAGAAAAAACAAAGUAAAAAUUACUUUUAUUCCUGUCAGUCAGAUGGAAACAAAAUUUAUGGAGCUGGUAUUACUGAAGAAACUGGUGUCUGAGAUGAAAUUGUUUUAAAGAACUUCCUAUAAAACACUUUAACAAACUGAAGGAAGAGCCUUGGAGUGUGUUUGAAUGGAAGACUUAUGACCUACAGCUGGACUCUGAUCUUCAGCAUUCACCUUCGUGUGUCUUCAGCGUCUUGUAAUUCCCUGCUUCUGGGCAGGGGACUCUGGUCUUAGAAUGUUUGGAUAUAACUGAAUUGUAGAUGGUAAAGGAAAUUUGAUGUUGUAUUGUAUUUUUUGUUUUUAAAUGAUUAAAACGGGUCAGUUUUCCAAAUGUUGGCUUAUUUCUGGAUUUCUGUUUUCUUUAUUCUUUGGUAGUUGAACUUGAGGUCAAUGGAAGUCAAAAACAAGUUACAAAUGUGAAUUUAAAAAUCUUUAGACUAUCUUGAUUUUUAUCUUUAUAUCUGUUCUAUGAUGGUAAAAAAAUCCCCGGCCUUUUUAGUACCUUAAAAGUUGGUUGAGAGCUUGAAAGUAAAUAAUGCACAGAAAGCACUUAACGCAGAGCAUGGCAUGUUAUGGUUGAUAACUGGUAACUUGCUAAAUGGUAACUAAAAGCUUUAAAAUGAUUUGUUCAGGUCAUUAUAAACCUGAAGUCAAUUCUGUGUUACUAUAUGAACUGUCUACUUACAGAAUGGGUGUAUGCCACUCAGGAAGGGAGACAAGUAAGAGAAGUUUCCCUCUUUUUCAGCCCAUCCACAUUCGGGGCAAGGGGGUUUCUUUGCCACUCACUCAGUUCACCGACCCACGUAAAAAUCUCCCUCACAGACACACCAAGUGUGCGUCACCAGUUCUCUAGGCAUCCCUUGAUCUAGACAAGUUGACAACCAAGAUUAGCUGUCAUACUCCUUGAAGAUUGUUUUCCAGUAUUGCUGGAAAGCGUUAGCAUUUUUUAUUGUAUUCUGCUGUCUCUCAUAUUUUUCAUUUCUCCAUCUCUCUGUAAUGUAUUGUAGACACCUUUAGUUCACUAAUUCUUCAAGUGUGCCUAAUCUGUUUUUAAUCUCAUUUUUGCAGUGCUGGGAAUCAAACAUUAACUUCUAUAAAAUAAGAGAUUAUUUUGAUAAAAUAUAUACAAAAAAGUGCAUGAAACACAUACAAAGUCAACUUAAGUAUUUUUAAGUGAACACCUAUAUAGCAAUCACCCAGACCUAGAAGAGAACUUCCCGUUACCCAGCGACAAUUAUGUGUCCUUUCACAUUCAUAAACCUUUCUUCCUCCAGAGUUACCACUAUUCUGUCUUUUGUAUGAAGUGAGUCCUUGUGUCAGUAACCAAAUAUGUAUUUACUUGCCCUCCCCUCUUUACUGUUACAUUUCUGAGAUGGAUUCAUGUGGUGUAGUGUGAUUCAUUCAUGUUCACUGUCGCUGUAUCUAAUGCCAGGCUUCUUGAUGUUUGGCUAGUCUUGGCACUUUUCACUUAUAUAAAGAACAAAAACAAGUACAAAGUUUCAUAUAAGGAAGUUGGUGUUAGGUCCCCCAAUUACAUGCUUUUUCUGGAUCCAAAUUUUCCUUACUGAAUAAAGAACAAUGCAUGUAGUAUGAUUCCAUGAAAACAAAUACCAAUGUACCUAUCUGUCUAUAUGUUCAUAUUCAUCUAUUCACAGAAUUCUGCAAUUGUAGGAGGACCAAACUGUUGCGGUGGUUACUCCUGGUAUGCAGGAAUGGAGCAGAAUGCAGGAGAGGGAAGAAUCUAUACAUUACAGCUGUGUUGCUA